UGUUCAGUAAAUUUGCCUGUCCCCCUCCUCCAUCUGUGCUUUUCCUUCCGCCGUGUUUGCGUAGUUGCUGUCGUUUAAACCAGAAAAAUCAAACGAGUGGGAAGGACGAUGAUGUCGCUCCCUGCGCUCGAUGACGAUACAGUGCGUAGCAUGUCCAUUGGAGCCGUCUUCUCCGAUUUCGGAGGCAAAAUAAAUUCGGUUGAUUUCCAUAGAAAAGACGAUUUGUUAGUCACUGCUAGUGACGAUGACUCUGUUCGCCUUUACGAUAUUGCCAGUGCUAAGUUGCUAAAGACAACUUAUCACAAGAAACAUGGCGCUGACCGAAUAUGUUUUACGCACCACCCUAGCUCUGUUAUUUGUUCUUCGAAGUAUAAUUUGGAUUCUAAUACAGAAUCCUUACGGUAUCUGUCAAUGUAUGAUAAUAGGUGCCUUCGUUACUUUAAAGGACAUAAAGACAGAAUUGUUUCUCUUUGCAUGUCUCCCAUCAAUGAUAGUUUCAUGUCUGGUUCUCUUGAUCAUAGUGUUAGAAUAUGGGAUCUUCGUGUAAAUGCUUGCCAGGGAAUUUUGCGUUUACGUGGUAGACCUACUGUUGCUUAUGACCAACAAGGUCUUGUCUUUGCUGUGGCAAUGGAAGGGGGUGCUAUUAAAUUGUUUGAUUCACGUUCCUAUGACAAGGGCCCCUUUGACACCUUUCUAGUUGGUGGAGACACAGCUGAGGUUUGUGAUAUCAAAUUCAGCAAUGAUGGAAAAUCAAUGCUUUUGACGACCUCAAAUAACAAUGUCUACGUUCUUGAUGCAUAUGGAGGAGAAAAGCGAUGUGGGUUUAGUUUGGAACCAUCACCAAAUACAACGAUUGAGGCAACUUUUACACCAGAUGGGCAGUAUGUGGUAUCAGGCUCAGGAGAUGGAACCUUGCGUGCAUGGAGUAUCAACGUGCGGAAUGAGCAGGUAGCGAGCUGGAAUAGCCAUAUAGGCAUUGCAUCGUGCUUGAAAUGGGCUCCUCGUCGAGCCAUGUUUGUCGCCGCAUCUACUGUUCUGACGUUUUGGAUACCCAACACAUCCAAGUCAGUUGCAGAGUCACGGUCCAUGGAGAUCGAACCUGUAGCUCAACCUGAACACAUGGCUCAAUGAUGAGAAGUAAAAAACCAGGCAGGUCUUUCAGUACCUUUUCUUAGUCAUUCAGUGUUCAAACCAGGCAGGUCUUUCAUUACCUUCUCAUAGUCGUUCACUGUGCAUUAAUAUCAAAAUGUUGUCAGGUUAUGGGGCCAAAAGUUAUGGUCUGCUUAAAUUGGCCUCAGUUUUGUAAAAUUAUAGGCAAAAAAGUACAAAUAUUUCUUCAAUGGGGCAAGUCCUUUUUUGUUUCAAGUACAUCCUUAAAGGGAAAAGGUCCAAUUUUGCUCCUUAUGUUUAUGUCAGGGUACACACAAACUCCUCGUGACAUAUUUGUCUUGAUAACAACUUAGUUAUGUCCCUCUUUCAAACAGUGUUAACCUUCCGUUUCACAUAAUUGAAGGUCCUGUGGCACAAAAAACUUAAUUUUUUAUAUACUUUUUAAAAAUUUAUCCAUA